GAAGGAUAAUUGUCUGUUAAGCUAAGACUCGACCAAGCUGCACAGUGGCCUCUAAUUAGAAAACGGUUCGAAAUGAAUACCCAUCUGCAAGGAUCAUCACCCAGAUCUCCCGCACCGUCACCUGAUCCGGACGUUGACGAGGGUAGUUCUAAAAAGCAGGCAACAAGAGUAUUUAAGAAAAGUUCAUCAAAUGGCAAAAUCACCGUAUAUUUGGGUAAACGUGACUUCGUCGACCACAUUACCCAUGUGGACCCGAUAGAUGGUGUCGUGCUGAUAGAUCCCGAUUAUGUGAAGGAGAGAAAAGUUUUUGGACACGUACUGGCCGCCUUCCGGUACGGGCGUGAAGAUCUGGACGUGCUGGGACUAACCUUCAGAAAGGACCUUUAUCUCGCAUCGGAACAGAUUUAUCCACCGUUGGAAUCGGAUCGACCGCUAACCCGCCUGCAGGAGCGCCUGAUACGGAAGCUGGGCGCGAAUGCCUAUCCCUUCUACUUCGAAGUGCCGCCACACUGUCCAGCAUCGGUGUCGCUACAGCCGGCACCGGGCGAUACCGGCAAACCGUGCGGCGUGGACUACGAGCUCAAGGCCUUCGUCGGCGAGUCGCAGGAGGACAAACCGCACAAACGGAACUCGGUACGGUUAGCGAUAAGGAAAAUCAUGUACGCACCUUCGAAGCUUGGCGAACAGCCGUCGAUCGAGGUUAGCAAAGAGUACAUACUGAAACCAAAUAAAAUUCACCUAGAGGCAAGUCUGGAUAAGGAGCUUUACCACCACGGCGAAAGCUUGUCGGUGAAUGUACAUAUAGCGAAUAAUUCAAGUAAAACAGUUAAAAAAAUCAAAGUAUCGGUCCGGCAGUUUGCGGACAUCUGUCUCUUCUCGACGGCGCAGUACAAGUGCACGGUAGCGGAGGUGGAAUCCGAAGACGGAUGUCAGGUUGCUCCCGGAUUUACGCUUUCGAAAGUGUUUACGCUGACGCCAUUGCUGGCCAAUAAUAAAGACAAGUGGGGCCUGGCACUUGACGGGCAGCUGAAGCACGAGGACACCAAUCUGGCCUCGAGCACGCUAAUUGCUGAUCCUUCACAACGAGAAAAUCUGGGCAUUAUAGUGCAGUAUAAAGUAAAGGUUAAACUUUGCAUCACUCCACUCGGCGGAGAUUUAGUAGCAGAGCUGCCAUUUAUACUCAUGCACCCGAAACCGGACGAUGAUGAACCCGUGAUAGGAGACCGAUCGCCCGAGGAUGGCCCUAAUUUAAUCCAGUUAGACGGGUAAGACGAUGACAACUGUCCGGACGAUGAUAUUAUAUUUGAGGAUUUCGCUCGGUUACGCUUGAAAGGCGCUGAAACGGAAGCUUAA